AUGGUUCCAUCAGUUGUUGGUGAACUAAUAGAAAUUCUCCAAAUCAAUCCAUAUUCUUCAUUUUUCAGAUCACUAGGUGAUUUGGAACAUCUUGAAAACCAAAAAAUAAUUAUACGAACAGAUAUUGGACUUGAUCAACGCGUUUACAAUGCCCCAACGUCUUCACAAGUUGCAGCAAUAUGGACAGAAAAUGAUGAUGGUGAAGAACUAAUUGGUCGUGACAUUUUUGUAUAUAAUCAUUCUGGUUUAAGUCAUAAAGUGCAAUACUAUUACGGUUGUUAUGAUCCACUACAAUAUCCAUUGUUGUUUCCCUAUGGAGAUAUUGGAUGGCAUGAAGACAUUAAAAGGAAUAGUGGAGGUCGCAAUUCUACAUAUAAUGAAAUAAAUCAAUCUGUAAACCCUGACCAAUCAACCAAUGCAGAUGAAUUAAUUGCAAGAGAAGAAAGAGGGGAAGUAGUUUCAUGCCGUGAAUAUUACUGUUACAAACUACAGAUUCGAGAAAAUGACAAUUCAAUCUUACUUAAGUUUGGAAGACUAUUACAACAAUAUGUUGUUGAUAUGUAUGUUAAAAUUGAAACGUCAAGAUUGGAUUAUUAUCGACGCUACCAAGAAGAAUUUCGGCAUGAGAUAUAUCGAGGUAUUGUCGAUACAUUUACUCUCGGAGAAAGAAAUGCUUCUAAUAUUGGAAAACGUAUGAUUCUCCCAUCAUCAUUUAUUGGAGGUCCGAGGGACAUGAGAAAACGAUACAUGGAAGCAAUGGCUUUAGUUCAACAUUAUGGAAAACCUGAUAUUUUCUUAACAAUGACAUGCAAUCCAAAUUGGCCAGAAAUUAUUAAUGAACUAGAAGAACAUGAAGAGAGUCAAAAUAGACCUGACUUGGUUUCUCGAGUUUUCCAUUCAAAAUUAGAAGAAAUGAAAGAUGAAUUAUUUAAGAGAAAAAUAUUCGGUGAAGUUUCAGCUUAUGUUUACGUCAUUGAGCACCAAAAAAGAGGUCUUCCACAUGCCCACUUCUUAAUUAUCUUACAAAGAGACUACAAAUUAUAUGCACCAGAAUCUUUUGAUGAAAUUGUUUCAGCAGAAAUACCCGAUAAAAACACAAACCCCCAUCUUUAUAAAAUCGUUGUGAAGCAUAUGAUGCACGGACCAUGUGGAGUAUUGAAACCGUCAAAUAUUUGCAUGAAAAAAAAUGGAUUUUGCAAAAGUAAUUAUCCAAAAAACUAUGCACCAAACACAACUGUAGGUAGUGAUUGCUUUCCUAUCUAUAAGCGUCCACAUAAUGGGGUAUAUGUUAAAGUAAGAGGAAGCAAAUUAGACAAUCGUUGGGUUGUUCCAUAUAAUCCAUAUUUACUAGCAAAAUUUGAUUGUCACAUUAAUGUCGAAAUUUGCUCAACGGUAAAAGCAGUCAAAUAUCUCUACAAGUACAUUUACAAAGGUCAUGAUCGGGUUGCUUUUAACUUGACUUCGGAAGAAAGUAUUAAUGAAGUAGAUGAAAUCAAACAAUAUCAGUGUGGUAGAUGGAUCACCCCUCCAGAAGCUAUGUGGAGAAAAUAUGGAUUUAUUAUUAAUGAAAUGUAUCCAUCAGUAUAUAGCUUACAUUUACAUCUUGAAGAUCAACAAUCAGUCACUUUCCAUGGAAAUGCAGAUCUAAAUAAUAUUUUAAAUUCAGACCGUUAUCAAAAAUCUAUGCUUACAGAAUUCUUUGCCACCAAUAAAGUAGAUGAAAAUGCAAAAAGACUACUAUACAAAGAAUUUCCACAACAUUACGUAUGGGACAAUCAGCACAAACAAUGGACUCCACGGAAAAAGAAAAAAGUAAUAGGACGAAUUGUUACAGCAAAUCCCCUUGAAGGUGAAAGAUAUUAUCUCCGAUUACUACUAAGCCAUGUAAGAGGACCUACAUCCUUCGAAGAUCUAAGAUAUAUUGAUGGAAUAGUAGCUCCAACAUUUCGUGAUGCAGCAACAAUGCGUGGUCUUCUCCAAACAGAUAAUACCUUAGAAGAUUGUUUGCAAGAAGCAUCGAUAUUCCAAAUGCCAAACAGUUUGAGACGGUUAUUUGCAACAAUAUUGGUCUUCUGUAAUCCUAAUAAUCCAAGAUAUCUGUGGGAACGAUUCGAAAAAGAGAUGUCAAUAGAUUACAAAACAUCAGAAGAUUCCACUUCAAACGUAAGACUCGAAGCACUGAAGUCAAUUGCUUUAGCGAUUGAGUCAAUGGGGAAAGAUAUUAACACAUUCAAUCUCAUAGACAACCACAUCUCAUUUGAUGAUGAAGAAAUUCAGACAAGAGAAAUCAACGAUGAACUAGGUGUCGAAGUCCCAGAAGAAGAUAACGCAACAUCAGAAUACUUAAAUAACGAACAAAAAGAAAUUUACGAUGCUAUCCUAGAAAAAGUAUUUGACAAUAAAAGUGCUGCUUUCUUUAUAGAUGGACCUGGUGGAACUGGAAAAACAUUCUUAUACAAGGCUCUUUUGGCUAAAAUACGAUCAAAAAAUUUAGUAGCUUUAGCAACUGCAUCUUCAGGUGUUGCUGCAUCCAUUCUUCCUGGUGGGAGAACUGCACAUUCAAGGUUUAAAAUUCCACUUCAUACUGGAGAUAAAAACACAUGUUCCGUGAGCAAACAAAGUGGUCUAGCAAACUUACUUCGCCAAGCAAAAUUAAUAAUAUGGGAUGAAGCUCCAAUGACAAGAAAACAACAUUUAGAAGCAUUUGACCAAAUGCUAAAGGAUAUUACUGAUUCAGAUCUACCAUUCGGAGGAAAAGUAGUUGUUUUUGGCGGAGAUUUUAGACAAGUUUUACUAGUUGUUCGUAAAGGUACAAGAGAAGAACAAGUUCAAUCAAGUUUGGUAUAUUCAUAUUUGUGGUCUACAUUAACCAAAUUUCGAUUAAUAGAAAACAUGCGAGCAAGAUUAGAUCCAGCAUUCUCAAAUUAUGUAUUAGAAGUUGGAAACGGAAUGCCUCCAAACACAGUUAAUGAAAUAAUAAAAAUACCACACCAAAUGCUUAUUCCAUACAUUGAAGAAAAGAUUUCCGUUGAUCAACUGAUAGAAGAUGUUUUCAACAACCUUACUGAUUUUUCUAACAAUAUUUCAACUGUGAUGAAUUGA